AUGCCUGCCCAAAAGAGACAACCGCGAUUGAAAGAGAGCUGCGAUGCAUGCUCAACAGCCAAAGUCCGCUGCACCAAGGACAAGCCCAACUGCUCCCGCUGUCAGCAGAAAGGCCUGUCAUGCGAAUACAGCUUCUCCCGGCGCGCGGGCCGAAAGACCACAGCCAGCCUGGUCACCAAAGCGGACCGAAGACCAGCCUCACCUUCCUCGAGAGCCUCCUCUCCAAUACCAUUCUGCAACACCCCCUCGGCUUCCUCGUCGCUAGACCAAUCCCCCCAACUCGACCACCACCACCAACUCCCCCACAACCUCACCCCAACCUCCUCCGACUCCGACUCCAGCGACGUCUUCCAAGACAUGUGGUCCUCAGCCCCAACUUACACGACCAACAACCCCUUCUCCUGGGACCUCCAAAACAGCCUCCUAAACCAAUACACCUUCCCGCUGGACCACGCCACCACCACGCAACCCCCCACCGACGUCCUCCCCACCCCCUUCGACCCCAUGGACAUGACCCUAGGCGGCGCCCCGACCGCCCCCAUGAUGGCCCGCAACUUCUCCACCGCCACCGACCUCACCAACAUGUCCGACCUAACCCUCGCCUCGGACAUCUCCUCGACCUCCUCCGCCGCCUCCUCCAUGUGCGAAGCCGUGCACGACGAACUCUCCAACCUCACCACCUUCGCCGAGUCCAUGGAGCGGAAAUUCGACGCCGUCGUGCGCGCCCGCCUGCAGUACCGCGACGUUUACUCGGAGUUCGGCGUGCCCGUCGACGAGAUCGAGGGGCAUGGUCAUCACUCUUCUUCUUCUUCUACUUCAACUUCUGUGGCUGGUGUGGGUGGCAGUCCCGUCGACAGGAUCCUGGGACAGGGAGGCGUGCAGGCCGGGAAAGGGGGUGUUCCCAGUCCGGAUGUGAAUGAGUUGGCGUUUUAUUAUAGUUUGGCGGAGUUGAAGAGGAGAUUGAAGUGGGUGAAGGAGGAUGUGGGGAAUUUGAUGGGGGGGACGACGGCGGCGGGGAUGGCUUGUUAG